AUGGAAAAUAAUGGUUCCACGAGCACCAUUGAAUUGAUUAACCCUGGAGUCAUGCUCAAGCAGCCGAUUCAGUUCCAGGCGGAAGACCUUGCCGAAAUAGUCGAUCUCUGCUUUUCUGUCGAGCCGCUCAUACUCCAGCAACUCGGAGAACAUCCAAGGAUCGUGAGAUAUCUCGGGCAGCAUGGCCGCGGUCUACUGCUCGGUCAGGCGAGCCACGGCAAUCUCCAAGCCUAUAUUGACAGCAACCCUUCGAUCAACUUGCGUCAACGAAUGUUAUGGUGUCAACGAUUGGCCGAAGCUAUCUCCUAUGUUCAUAAUCGCGGCGUCGUUCACUCGGAUCUUCGCCCAGCAAAUGUUCUUGUUCACGAAAAUCGACAAUUGGCCAACUGGAAACUACAGUGGCAGGUUUCGGGCAGCCAGCGUUCUAGCAGCGAGUGCGGGAACAGUUGUGGUGCGGGCGAUAAGGAAAGUAAGGCGGGUAAGGACGGCAAGGAUGGCAAGGAUGGCAAGGAUGGCAAGGAUGGCGAGGACGGCAAGGAUGGCAAGGAUGGCAAGGACGGCAAGGACGGCAAGGAUGGCAAGGACGGCAAGGAUGGCAAGGACGGCAAGGACGGCAAGGACGGCAAGGGUUUCUAA